UUUCCACAAAAAAAAAAUAUUGCCAAAAUAUUUAAACGGUUUAGUCACUACAUAUUCCAUUUGAUAAGCAUAUCCAGAAUUGCUACAUCUUCGGCAUCGUCCACGUUUUUAUACUCUUCCUUGUUCCGGUUCACAAGUACUCGUUCAACUUUGUACGUACCGGUUUCAGUCUUGAGGAAGUCGACUACGUAAAUACAUAUCCCUGUCCAACUUCGGUGCAGGUACAAGGUUUAAAGAAUCAGCCACGUAACAAUGCCCAACCCACGUGUGUUCUUUGAUAUUAGCAUUGGCGGCUCUGUUGCGGGUCGUGUUACAUUCGAGCUGUUCAAGGACAAGGUGCCUAAGACGGCGGAGAACUUUAGAGCUCUCUGCACUGGAGAAAAGGGGAAAACUAAGAAUGGCAAGCCCCUCCACUAUAAGGGAUGCGUGUUCCACAGAGUCAUCAAGGAAUUCAUGAUCCAAGGUGGUGACUUCACGAAGGGAGAUGGAACAGGAGGCGAAAGCAUCUACGGGGAGACAUUCAAGGAUGAAAACUUCACUGACAAGCACACAAAACCAGGACUACUGAGCAUGGCUAACUGCGGACCAAACACCAAUGGCUCCCAAUUUUUCAUCACCACCGUUGUCACAAGCUGGUUGGAUGGGAAGCAUGUUGUCUUUGGCAAAGUGGUUGAGGGUAUGGACAUAGUCGAGAAGCUGGAGGCUGUGGACACUGACAGAGGGGAUGCUCCCAAGAAGCGCUGUCUGAUUCAUGAUUGUGGAGAGGUGUAAUGGUUAACAUCAUCAGAGGAGGAACAAGACCGUGCUGAUCUUGUCGUUAUCAAGUCUAUCUAGAUGUCGAAGAAGAAUCACAAAUCAUGUUUUUAAUAUCACACUCACUGACCUAUUUUUUGUUUUUUAUACAAGCACUUAUUAUUUUGUUCUUCUUAGAAAAUAAAAUGGCUGAAACCUA